UGAAGGCAUUAUCAAAACCAUCCUUUACCCAGACAAAACCAUCCUCUAACCCAUUACAACAACCAAUUCCGCCCACUCUUACAGGAACAACACAAAGUAGAUGGUAUAAAGGACCUACGUUUCCCAAUCUGACUGAAAUUGCAACACAAAAAGCGUCAACACCGAAUCCACACCAGCCUACUAUGCAGCCUGUGUUGCAGCCUUUCAAAGCUACCUUGCAGCCUUCUUUGCAGCCUUUAAAAGCUUCCCAACAGCCUCAAACAGCUACCAAUCAGCCUCAAAAAGCUACCCAUCAGCUUCACAAAGCUACACAACAGCCUCAAAAAGCUACACAACAGCCGGUAUCUUCUUUUACAAGUGUCAAACCACAUUUAGAGAAAAGAGCAUUUGUUGCACCUUUGGGAGCAACAAAACAUGUGAUGUCACAAUCUCCUACACCACCAGACACCAUGGCAAUGAAAAAGAGAACCGGGAAGCAAGAAGGUCAGUUGCCUCCAACAUACAUGCAUGUGAGUGAGAAUGCAUUUCAACCUCUGCGAUCUCCUCCAUCCAAUCAGGUUGAGAGUGAAGUUAUGCCAAACUACAACUGGGACGAAUUUGAAGAAUCGGCUUCUGAGAGUGAAAAUGAAUUUGAUCAAGGAGAAGGAAGUGAUACUGCUGUGAAGAAAGCAACACUUCGACAUCGAAUCAUUAUUCCAAAUUGGCCAGAAUCGAGGGAGUUUGAUGAGAAGGUGGAGGCUAUAGCUAUAGAUGCUGAUGGAAUACGACAUCUGGUAAAGGGACCAGUUCUGCCUCGAGACGUUUGGCAUGAUGCAAAGGGGUUCAGAUACAUUGUCAAGCUCAAUGAAUUCAACCAACCUAUUCGAAAAGGUGGGAAGAUCCUUGUGAGAUUCCUUGGAGAUAUUGCAAAAAAUGAUUCACUUUGUCCAGUGGGAGUCCCAAGUUGGCGUGCUGUAAACAAUCAGUUAAAAACUAAUGUUGUUACAAUGAUUCGAUUGCCCGUUUUUCAGAAACAUUUUGUGUUACCUGAUGGACCUCUAGUUAACAAGGCACUAGUGAUGCAUAUUGACAAACCAUGGAACAAUCAUCGAUACAAAUUGAAGAGGGAUUUUUUCGAUCCAGUGAAUAAAUCUCGAGAAGAGAACUAUGCCAACGUGCCUGAUGGAGUGUCCACUAGGAGUUGGACGGAAUUGGUAGAUUAUUGGCUUUUACCAGAGGCCAUGGAAAAAUCUGAAAUGGGAAAAAAUGCUCGAGCUUUACAAGGCAAUAAGCACAACAGUGGUGCUACAAGCUUUGCUAAUCGAAGAGUUGAUAUGAAAGAGAAGAAAGGAGUGUUUAGCGAAUUGGCAUUUUUCAAAUCAGUUUACGCCAAAGAAGAUGGAAGCUUUAAAGAGGGCACACUUCCUCAUCAAUUUGUGGAGGAUGCCAACAAAAAGGUCCAAGAAAAUCUUGCGAGUUCCUCUUCUUCAAAGCCCGUAAUUGAAAUUGAGAAUGCAGUCUUUAAUGAGCUCAUGUAUAAAGGUGAAGUACCUAAACGUCCUCUGAAUUAUGGAUUUGGAGUGAAGCAAAGCGACAUCUUUGGAGUGGAAGGUUUGCUGAGGAAAGAAGGGUCAAGCUAUGUUAACAACAAUGCUAUGGAAGUGGAGAACAUGAAAGGUGAAAUAUCAGUUGUCAAGAAGCAAAAUGAGGACCUUGCGCAACAAAAUCAAGUUCUGAACACCAAGUUUGAAGAAACAACACAAUCAUUUAAAAUGAUUGCUUCUUUUUUGGGACAAUUUUUGAAGGAAGUACGCAAAGGGAAUGUUUCAUCGAACCUUUUAGAUGGUGCGGAAUCAGCAAUAAAUAUGGUUAGUUAUUUCUGGAAAUUAUUCUGA